AAUAUGACAUCUAUUGAUUAACCACUUGCCGUCCGGCCGCUGUAUAUAAACGGCCUGACGGUGGCAGUCCAGGGGCGGGUUGCCGUUCAUAAACGGCACCUGCCAUUAUGGACUGUGCGUGCUCCCUGUGUCUUACGGACACAGUAGAACACCGAUCGUCUUACGGGUCAAUCAAUGAUCACAUGCAGAGUAGUAAGCAAGAUGUCACUUCUGACAUCAUUGCUUACUACAUCUGUGACCAUUCACAGCUAGGCACUAGUAUACAAUGGAUGGCAUCAUGAAUGAAGCCAUCCAUUGUAUACAACUGUCAUGUGACCUGCUGUGAUUGGUCACAGCAGGUCACAUGGUACCAG